AUGACCUUCAUGCUUCGUGCCGUAGGAGACUCCACCUCCGAAAAGGAGAGAGUUUUGUCUGUCGAGCCUCAGGCUGGCUUCGCUGUCAAAACCAAGGUGGAUAGUUGCGCCAGCCAGGAAUUGGAAAUCGGUGUCAAAUACUUCAUAAACAUAUGCCAUGCGGCCGAGGUUCCCAGUCCAGACGUCCCAUUCGAGCCAAGUAUCGUCUACCCACUGAUCAUGGCAAAUAAAUGGGAGAUACCCAUCGUGACCUCGGCUGCCCGUCAAGACCAGGAUAAGAAGGGCGCAGUAUGCUACGUUAGUGAUUGCUGUGUCAAUACAUCUUGCUUGGAAUGGGCGCGACGCAAUGCUCAGCUUAAAGAAAUUCUGGUGGAAUGGUGCUUAGAGUCCUGCGAGCUGCGGCAAAACAUCGAAUUGAAUCGAACAAAGCUUGCAUUUCCUAAGCUGCGUUACAAAGGUUCAAGUAUACCUACGCUUGAAAUUUUAAGGGAGGAUUUGAACUCAAAUUCUAAGGACGUUGCAAGCGCAGAGCGUGAUGCUGGACCACAGUCAUUUUUAGACAUGCGAAGAGAUCUUAUGGAGAGUGAGUAUCAAUUGGAUAGUAGUACAGCACUUCCGCCAUUGUUUCCAGCGCCGCAGACCGAUCGCAAGCUUGUGGAAGAAAUCGAACCCGCUACAACAACUCGGCUCAAAAUUGGGGCAUACACUGAAGCCAAAGCACCUUUAAAUUUGGACGUCAGUAUAGGCAAAGCUUUGGGUCACGCAUGGGCCAAACUGAAGGUCGUCGUCCACUCAGAAUUAAUGGCGCAAAGGGAUUACGAUGUACGUUAUGCUGCGUCUGAUAACUCAUUAAUUGUUCAAACUACUAAAGAGCAUCCAAAGUUCCAGUCGCAACAAAUCCAUAUUCCGUUGCCACAAGUAAUAGCAUCCUCCAACGUAAAAUUGAACGUUAGUUUCGACCAGGACAGUGGAAAAUUACAUAUUUUGAUCUGA